AGGCGGGGCACUGAUGAGGGUCUCUCUUCUUUGAGCGCUUUUCUUUCGAUUUUGAUUUCAAGGUGUAGGUGUUGAAAUGGCGUCAGGUUCAGUGAGUGAUCUGAGGAUUGUGCUGCUAGGAAAUAAUGGAUCAGAAAACAGCCGAGUGGGAAACAUUACAGUGGGUACAGAAGUGUUUAACAGAGAAGCUCCAUAUUAUUUACAGCAGCACAGUAUGAAAAUCAGAGGAGCGGUGGAGGGGAGACACAUCACAGUCAUCAACACUCACCUGCUCCAGCCGAAUCUCUCACAUCAACAGAUCACACAGGGAGUGAGAGAGUGUGUGUCUCUGUCUGCUCCAGGACCUCAUGUGUUUGUACUCGUACUGCAGUAUAAGGACUUCAGUGAGAACGACAAACACAGAGUGAAAUAUGUGCUGAACCUCUUCAGUUAUCAGGCCUUGAAACACACUAUAGUGCUGACUACUGAUGAAGAGCCACGCACAUCCAAACUGGCUUCUGUGAUAUGGAAUAAUGUUAUUCAUGAUUUGUACACUUUUUCAGUGAGUGAUCUGAGGAUUGUGCUGCUAGGAAAUAAUGGAUCAGAAAACAGCCGAGUGGGAAACAUUACAGUGGGUACAGAAGUGUUUAACAGAGAAGCUCCAUAUUAUUUACAGCAGCACAGUAUGAAAAUCAGAGGAGCGGUGGAGGGGAGACACAUCACAGUCAUCAACACUCACCUGCUCCAGCCGAAUCUCUCACAUCAACAGAUCACACAGGGAGUGAGAGAGUGUGUGUCUCUGUCUGCUCCAGGACCUCAUGUGUUUGUACUCGUACUGCAGUAUAAGGACUUCAGUGAGAACGACAAACACAGAGUGAAAUAUGUGCUGAACCUCUUCAGUUAUCAGGCCUUGAAACACACUAUAGUGCUGACUACUGAUGAAGAGCCACGCACAUCCAAACUGGCUUCUGUGAUAUGGAAUAAUGUUAUUCAUGAUUUAAUAAAGGAGUGUGGAGGAGGACAUCUACAGUUUGAUGCAACAAACCCAGGAUCGCGAUCUGAGUUUUUCAGAAGAAUAGAGAAGAUACUCAAGAAAGAACACAAAGAAUUUCUCAUCUGUGACACACAUGAGGAUGAUGGAUCAUCAGUGGAUGGAACUUCAGUCAGAGGAGACGACAAAGAGAAGGAUUCUGAUCUCAACGAGAGCACAAAAACAGCAAGUGAUGGAGGAGUGACGACUACAGGAAAAGCAAAGCUGAACAUUGUGCUGUGUGGAAAUAAUCCAACACUCAAGAACUCUGUGUCUAAAAUGUUUAGAGGGAUAACAAGUAAAUCUCAGAAAGAGAUGAGUAGAGUGUGUCAGAAGAGAGAGGGAACGAUUCAUGGACGGCAGAUCAGUGUAAUAGAGCUUCCAGCUCUCACUCGGCUCUCAGAGGAGGAAGUGAUGCGGGAGACUUUCCACUGUCUGUCUCUCUGUGAUCCUGGAGUUCAUCUUUUCAUCCUUGUUAGUACUUUCUGUCCACUUUCUAAUGACGAAAGAGCAGAAAUGGAGAAGAUUAAAGGAAUAUUUAACUGUAAUGAGCACUUCAUGUUGCUUUUCAUUACUGAACUUGACCAAAGUAUGAUAGAUUUUGUGAGUCUCUAUGGCAGCUUGUACUGUGUGAUGGGUUUAAAGGACCAGAGAAGCUCAGAAAAGAUCUCAGAUCUGUUUGAUCGUAUAGACAGCAUGAAGAUUGAACCCUAUUCUCUUCAGAUGCACAUAAAAGCUCCAGAGAAGAAAGUCAGACAUGAACUAGAGGAGAAACUAAGAGUGAGAGAUAAUGAAGUCAAAGAGCUACAGCAGAAGAUCAAGACACUGGAGGGUGUGAAGCUGAAUCUGCUUGUGUGUGGGAGUAACAGAGAAUUAAAAUCCUUCACAUCAAAGCUGAUCCUGAAGCAGAGCGAGAGAAGAUCAGAGCUGAGCUCAGAGUGUGUGAGGAGAGACGUGGAGCUUGAUGGACGUCUGAUCAGUCUGGUGGAGCUUCCAGCUCUGUUCAACACUCAGCUCUCAGAGGAGGACGUGCUGCGUCAGACUCACCGCUGUGUGUCUCUCUGUCAUCCUGGAGUUCAUGUGUUCAUCCUCAUCAUUCCUGAUGCUCCACUGACUGAUGAAGACGAAGCAGAAAUAGAGGAGAUCCAGAGGAUCUUCAGCUCAAGAAUCAACAAACACAUCAUGAUCCUCAUAAAGCAAAAUCCAGAGCAUCAGACAGCAGAACUAAAUGAAGAAACAAAGUCUGUCAUUGAGAGAUUUGGAGGACGACAUCAUAUCAUUGACCUGAACACACAAGUGUCUGUGUUGAUGGAGAAACUGGAGCAGAUGGUUGAGGAAAAUAGUGGUGAUUGUUUCUCCACAGAGACAUUGAUGGAGACACAGAUGGAAAAACUGCAGAAAUUUGAAGAAAUGAAAAGGAGAAUCUAUCCUUUAGAGACGUGGUUUCAAUCACAAGAUUCAAGAGACAGAGAAUAUGAACUGAGGAUUGUGCUGCUGGGAAAAACUGGAGUUGGGAAGAGUUCAACUGGAAACAACAUCUUAGGAAGAGUCAUGUUUGAAGCUGAAGCAGCUCAUGAGUCUAUUACUAAAGAGUGUUUUAGAGAGAACGCUGAAAUCAAUGGCAGACACAUUACUGUGAUCGACACUCCAGGACUGUUUGAUACUGAACUCAGUAAUGAUGAAAUCCAGAAAGAAAUCAGCAACUGCAUCCCCAUGAUCCUGCCUGGACCACAUGUGUUCAUCAUUGUGCUCAAUUUAGGACAACGAUUCACUCAAGAAGAGGAAAAAUCAGUGGAUAUCAUCCAAGAGACAUUUGGUGAAAACUCUUUAAAGUACACGAUGGUGCUCUUCACCAGAGGGGAUGAUCUGAAUGACAAAACUAUUGAACAGUAUCUGGGAAAAUCUGGAUCUGCUUUAAAGCAACUGAUUGAUGUGUGUGAAAACAGAUACCAUGUGUUCAAUAAUAAAGAGACUGGAGACCGAACACAGGUGACUGAUCUGCUGCAGAAGAUAGACAACAUGGUGAAAGCAAACGGAGGGAGUUACUACUCAUGUAAGAUGUUCAGAGAGAUGGAAAGAGAAUUACAAGAACAACAGAAGAACAUACUGAUGGAGAAAGUGGAGCAAGUGGUCAGAGAAAAAGAAAAACUGAUGAACAAACAUGAAGAAGAGAAAAAGAAGAUGAAGAUGAAGAUGGAGGAAAAAAGACAGAAUCAUGAGAAAGAGAGAAAGAGAAGAGAAGAAGAAUUUAUUGAGAGAGAAGAACGAUACAAAAGAGACAUCAAAGAAAGAGAGGAACAAGAGAGAAAGAUACGAGAGGAGCUGAAGAGAGAACGAGAGGAAUCAGAGAAUCAGAAACAACAGGAAAGACAAAGAAGAGAAGAAGAGGAGGAUAAAUGGAGAAAGAAAGAGCAGGCAACAUGGGAUGAAUGUAAUCAGAGACUUAAAGAGGUAGAAGAGAGAAUGGAAAGUGAGAAAGAAGUUAUUCUGUCCAAAUACAAAGAAGAGAACGAGAGAAUGAAGAUGAUGGUGGAUGAAGAGAGACGGAAUCAUGAAAAAGAAAGAAAUAGAACAGAAGAAGUGGAUGAGAGAAGGAGAAAGAUAGAAAAGGAAACAUGGGAUGAAUAUUAUCAGAAACUUAAACGAGAGAGAGAAAGAAGAUACAGAGAGAAAAAAGAUCUUCAGAUCAAACAUGAAGAAGAUAGAAAAAGAAUGAAGAAGAUGAUGGAGAAAGAAAGACAAAAUCAUGACAAAGAGACAAAGAGAAGAGAAGAUGAGUAUAUAAAAGCUGAAGAACAAUAUAAAACAGAUAUUAAAUACAUAGAGGAACAAGAGAGAAAGAUACGAGAUGAGCUGAAGAGAGACCAAAAGGAAUGGGAGAAACAGAAACAACAGGAAAGACAAAGAAGAGAAGAAGAGGAGAAUGAAAUGCAUAAAUUUAAUGACCUUCAUACGGGAACUCCUGAGGUUCAGCACACAAACAAUGAAGAAGAUUCAUCAUCAGAUUCAGGAUGUUUGAGAAUCUUGCUGUUUGGGAGGACAGGAAGUGGAAAGUCUGCAACAGGAAACACUAUCCUCAGAACAAAAGAGUUUCACAGUGAAGCCAGUUCACGUUUGGUGACCACUGUUUGUCAGAAGAGAGUUGGUGAAGUUGAUGGUCGAUCAGUAGCUGUUAUUGAUACUCCAGGACUCUUUAACCCCUCACUGACAAAUGAACAAGUGCAGGAAGAAAUAAUGAAGUGUAUUUCACUGUCAGCACCUGGACCACAUGCGUUCAUCAUUGUGCUGAGCGUGGAAAAAAUCACUCCAGAAGAGAAAGACACUUUAGACAUGAUCAAGAUGAUCUUUAGCUCAAAAGCAGCAGAUUUCUGCAUUGUUCUCUUCACUAGAGGAGAUGAUCUGAGAGGACAAACAAUGGAGCAAUAUGUAGAGAAAAGUAAAGAUGCUGAACUCAAGACACUGAUCAGUGAUUGUGGAAACAGAUUCCUGGCUUUUAACAACACAGAGACACAAGAUCAGACACAAGUUACUCAGCUGUUAAAUAUGAUAGAAGAGAUGAAUCAUGGCCGAUACUUCAUUAAUGAGAUGUUUGAAAAGGGAGCGAUUGAACAGAAAAUGGAAAUGCUAGAAGAGAAUAAAAGAACAAAUCUGUUUCAAGUUGAAGAAUUAAAAGCCAAAUAUGACAUGGAAAUCAAAAGGAUGGGAGAGAGACUGGAAGAGAAGAAACAAAGGGCAAAGGGGGAGAAGAAGCAAAGGGCAGAAGAGGAAAGAGAGAGACUGAAUAACAAGGUCAGAGAACAAGAGGAAACACUCAGGAGAGAGUUUGAGGAGAAAGAAAAAUCAGAGCAGAAGAAACGAGAGACGGAGGAUCAGAAACAAUCAGAAGAAGAGAAACAGCAAAGAAAUGAAUAUGAUCAAACAAUAGAGGAGAUGAAGAGAGAGAUUGAAGAUCAGAGAAUACAGUAUGAAAAACAGCUUAAAGAAAGAGAAGAAGAAGAUAGAAAGAGAGAAGAAGAAUAUAAACAAGAUCAAGAAAAAAUUACAGAUGAACUUGACCCUAUUAUGCAAGGGAAUUUGGAUAGAUAUGGCCUGAGGGAAGAAGCUUUUCCUAUGUCUGACUGUUUUGGUGCUCAGUGCUCUGUAGUGCCAACCAGAUGGCAGCAGUUCGAAGAGGAAGUGUGCUGGGUGUAA